AAAUUAUAAUUAAAAAAUAAUUAAAUUAAUAAAUAUAAUCUUCAAAGAGAUAAAGAAAUGAACAAAAUUUACAUUUUCUUAGCUGCAUUGCUUGUUUUGUCAUCUUAUGCUGAUGACAGAGUUGUAGUUGAUUUGUAUUACGAAUCUUUAUGUCCUGGAUGCCAAAACUUUAUCGAAACAGAGUUGACUCCUGCUAUCCACGUUGAAGGUUUUGAAACCAUCGCUAACAUUAGAUUGUUCCCUUAUGGUAAUGCUAAGACUAGUUCUACUAAAUAAGUAACUUGUCAACAUGGUACAAACGAAUGUUAUGGUAAUAUCUUAGAAGCUUGUGCUAUUGCUCACAUUGAAUCAGCUAAGAGCCUUGAAUUUAUUACUUGCGUCGAAAAUGCUAUUGAAGCUAAUAACGAAAACUUCGAUAAAGUUUCUUAACUUUGUUACAAGAAUAUGAACAUCCCUGCUGCCGACCAAGCCAACGUCUAAGCUUGUUAAACUGGAAAUGAAGGUAAGUAAUUACUUUUGAAUGCAGGUUAAGCUACUGAUGCUCUUAAUCCCGCUCAUAAAUACGUACCAUGGAUUGUUGUUAAUGGUUAACACACUGACGAUAUCUAAUAAUAAGCCCAAUACGAUUUAGUCGGAUAUGUUUGCUCUCUUUACACUGGUCCUAACUAAAUUGCAGCUUGCAAGAGUUACUCAAGAUAAUUCUUCAAGAUGUUUGAAUUCAAAUUAAUUGAUAAAUGCUACAAGUAUUGA